UUUAUCUGAGUCAAUUAAAUUUAUACCACGGUCACAAUACACAAACGUUCUGAUCAAAAACUCAUGUUCGCAUAUCUACAGAGUAGAUAACCAUAUAAAGCGUUUCCUUUAUUUUCUUUUGUGAAAUAGCCUGAAAACAGCUCCCCCUUGCUGUCCUUCGAAGCAUAUCUUCACCAAAGUUAAAACGCAGAGCUCACGCACAAUGUAAGUAUUCCUGCGUAGCUUGGGCCCCCACAGCUGGGUUCCAGCUGUCCAGAGUAACUAAUUAAUGGGUAAUGUCUCUCUUUCUUUAGCCUCUUUCUUGCGGUGAGAUCGCCUCUCUCUCACCCCCGAACGCAGGAGCCCAGCGGUUUUCGCUCCGGUGCCAUGGACGGCGCUGCCUGGGUGGCCGAUCCCCGGCAGCUGCUUCCUGUCUACUCGAAGAGAUGUCCCCACGAUUCAGCAAGGAACGGAGCGCACCUCCCCAGCUUCGCCUGAGUUGAGGAGGGGAGACCAGGGAAAGGGGACGACGACGGGACCGAGAGCAGCUCAGCUGGCGGGUGGGACGCUGUGCCUGGAGACUCCCGCAGGAGGGAGAGUGGACCCCCGCGAGCAGCGAGUGCGGGGAAAGAGAGAAAGCAUCCGGUAAGGAGCUCAAGCCAGCGGAGGCGGUAAGGGAGCGAACUCCGCGGAGGCGGAGAAGGCGCUGCAUGGACAGCAUGCGUUUCGCGGGAGGCCGCGAUGCGGGGUCCGCAGGCAACUCCAGCCUGUGGUGGCGUCUGGCCACCGGCGGGGCCAAUGCGAGCCGGGAAACGGAGGCGCUCGGGGAAGGUGGAGAUCCGCACAGGGAUGUGCGCAACGAGGAGCUGGCCAAACUGGAGAUAGCCGUGCUGGCCGUGACUUUCGUGGUGGCCGUGCUGGGUAACAGUAGUGUCUUGCUGGCGCUGCACCGCACGCCUCGCAAGACGUCCCGUAUGCACCUCUUCAUCCGUCACCUCAGCCUGGCCGACCUGGCCGUCGCUUUCUUCCAGGUGCUGCCGCAGCUAUGCUGGGACAUCACCUACCGUUUCCGAGGACCCGACGGGCUGUGCCGCGUGGUGAAGCACCUGCAGGUCUUCGUCAUGUUUGUGUCGGCUUACAUGCUGGUGGUCAUGACCGCCGACCGCUACAUCGCAGUGUGCCACCCGCUGAAGACGCUGCAGCAGCCGGCGCGCCGCUCGCGCCUCAUGAUCGCUGCCGCCUGGGUGCUGAGCUUUGUGCUGAGCACCCCGCAGUAUUUCGUCUUCUCCAUGGUCGAGGUGAACAACGUCACCAAGGCCUACGACUGCUGGGCCACCUUCAUCCAGCCCUGGGGUUCCCGCGCCUACGUAACCUGGAUGACCGGCAGCAUUUUCGUAGCACCUGUGGUCAUCCUGGGCACCUGCUAUGGCUUCAUCUGCUACCACAUCUGGCGCAACGUCCGCGGAAAAACGGCGUCACGCCAGGGCAAGGGCGCCGAGGGCGCUGGUGGCGCUUUCCACAACGGGCUUCUGCUGGAGCCCUGUGUCAGCAGCGUGAAGACCAUUUCCCGUGCCAAGAUCCGCACGGUGAAGAUGACUUUCGUGAUCGUGACGGCUUACAUCGUUUGCUGGGCGCCCUUCUUCAUCAUCCAGAUGUGGUCUGUCUGGGAUGAGAAAUUCGCCUGGGUCGAGUCGGAAAAUCCAGCCAUCACCAUCACUGCAUUACUGGCUUCCUUGAAUAGUUGCUGCAACCCCUGGAUAUACAUGUUUUUUAGUGGCCAUCUCCUGCAAGACUGUAUCCAAAGCUUCCCAUGCUGCCAAAACAUGAAGAAAACAUUCAACAAAGAAGAUUCUGACAGUGUGAGCAGACGCCAGACUUCUUACACUAACAACCGAAGCCCGACAGACAGUAUGGGUACUUGGAAGGACUCACCUAAAUCUUCCAAAUCCAUCAAAUUUAUUCCUGUUGCAACCUGAGCCCCUCAUUCAUGCAGCUUGACCCUUGGAACAGACUUUCAGGACUGUUGGCUGAAUCCAGCUUGAAAUCAUGAGAACAAAUGAACUAUAUAUAUGACAUAAGCAUAAAUCAAUUCAUUGGGUAAAAGACUGUGUUUCUAGUUGCAUUUUCACAUUGCUGUGACCAAAAGCUAUGAAUUGUUUUAUACGGAAUGUUAAAUAAAAACAUACUACACUAAAAUUCUCAUGCUGAAUGCCCAGAAAUAUGUUUCUAAAAGAAAAAUCA